AUGUUAUCGAGGUUUCACCACUAUCACGGCUCUAAUAUUGUUUUAUUCGAGGAUAACACGGUGGCUUAUCGAAAGACUAGUUUUGCUCAUGGUUUAACAUUUAGUGAAAGACCUUUGUUACCAGGGGAAAUAUUCUUGGUGGAAAUUGAAAAAACUGAACGAGGAUGGAGUGGUCAUAUGCGUCUUGGCUUAACUUUACUUGACCCACAAAGUACUGCAAUGGGUGAGAAAGGUUUGCCUCAAUAUGCUUUACCUGAUCUUGCAAACACAGGUAUGUCAUGGAUAUUCCCUAUAUCGAAGUCACAGAAUAAUGUCCUUAUUGAAUUAAUAAACCAAGGAACAAGUGGGCGUCGAGAUAAUGAACCUAGGGUGUCCAUUUUGGGAGAUUCGCAUAACGUGCACACACCUCGUGGAUAUGUGUCAAAGCACACUCUUCGCCCUCAAACCGUAUCAAAAAAUGGCACCCCACAAGGCAUCUUACCCAUGGAUGCUGGAAGCCGUAUAGGAAUUAUGUAUGUGCCUUGUCCUAAAAAGAGUAAAGAUGACCCUGAUUUAGCUGAGAUGCACUUUAUAAUAAAUGGUGAAGAACAAGGUCCAUGCACAAAAGCAAUCCCUUACACAACAGGUCCUUUACAUGCUAUUGUAGAUGUGUAUGGCACUACAAAGCAAGUUCGGAUAAUUCAGCUAUAUGGAGUUAAAACUUUACAAAAUGUAUGCAGAGAUGCAAUACUACAAUUCAUCCGAGGAAACUCAGUUAAAUCAUUGCCCCUCCCACAGUGCUUAAAAGAUUUUUUGCUCUCAUAA